CCAGCUCGCUUUGCUCCGGUUAAAGUCAUGUCUCAGAUCAGAAGCUCUUCUGCGGGGUCCUUCAGUAACCGCUCUCAGGUGUCCAGGAGUUUUUCGAGCUCUGGAGGUGGAGGAUAUGGAUUUGGAGGAGGAAUUAAUCAGGCGUACGGUCAGUCUCUGAUGGCCGGCAGUGUGCACAGCGGUGCAGGGAUAGGUGUAGGGUCUGGGUUUGGUUUAGGGUCUGGUGUAGGGUUUGGCAUUGGGUCAGGGUUUGGGAUGGGGGCAGUGAGUGGAAGGUCCGUCUCAUCUGGUUUGAGAAUGGUUGGAGGCUCUAUAUCGGCUGGUGGAGGUGGAGGAUCUCUCUCAGCUGGUUUGAAGAUGGGUGGUGGAGGUGCCUUCGUGCAGAACAUGGCAUACAUCGUCAAUGACAAACAGCAGCUGCAGGUUCUGAACGACCGUCUCGCCACUUACCUGGAGAAGGUGAAACGUCUGGAGAUCACAAACCGCGAGCUAAAUGAAAAACUCCGAUCGUUCACCGUCAACAGAGUUCAAACCACUCACGACCUGGAGCCGUAUCAAAUGCAGCUGAGACCUCUGCGUGAAAAGAUUCUGACUCUUAUUCAAGAAAACACAGAACUUACUUUAGCCAUAGACAAUGCCAAACUGGCUGCAGAGGAUUUCAGAUUGAAGUAUGAGACCGAGUUUGGCAUCUGUCAGUCUGUGGAGGGGGAUAUAGCAAAUCUAAAAGCUCUGAAGAAAGAGUAUAAUGCCACGAGCGACGUGCUACUGCAUGAGGUCAAUACAUUUGAAGUUGAACUCAAAAACAUCAAAGACGCACACCAGCAGGAGAUGAUCGGCCUGCGAGGGCAGAUUGCAGGUACAGUGACUGUGGAUGUGCAGAAUGUUGAGAGUGCAGACCUGUCACGUGUGCUGGCCGAGAUCCGUGCCGAGUACGAGACGGUCAUCGAGAAGAACCGCAGAGAGGCGGAACACUGGUACACUAAACAGGUGGAGAAGAAAAGUGCCGAGUUUGCGAUCGUCACGGAGACGGCGGUCACUGGUGGUACUGAGAUCACAGAGAACCGCAAACAGUCGAUGACGCUGCACACGCAACUGGAUGCCGCAUUCGUAGAGAAAUCUAACCUGGAGCAGCGUCUGCUGGAGGUUCAGUCUCAAUAUCAGUCCCAGUUGUACAGAUUGAGUCAGCUGGCUGGGAGUCUGGAGGGGGAGCUCAUGUCCGUCCGUGAGAGCGCCCUGCAGCAGAGUCGAGACUAUCAGCUGCUCCUGAGCACCAAAGUUCAGCUGGAGAGAGAGAUCAACACUUACAAAGCUCUGCUAGAGGGCGCCGGAGAGGUCACUGUGCUCGCGGCCAGACCAAAGACUCUGGAGGUCAAGGAAACUGUUACAGUUGUUGAUUCCAGUGUCGAGCUCUCAACAGAAGAAUUGAUGACAGAAGUUGAAUCACAGGGUGGAAGUAACGCCUCAUUCUUGAUUACUGGUGAACAAUCUGGUGGUGUCACUUUAACUGGGCUUUCUACAGAAGUACUGACAACGGAAUUUGGAUCGCAGGGUGAAAGUGGCGCCUCGUUCUUGAUUACUGGUGAUCAAUCUGGGGGUGUCACUUUAACUGGAGUUUCUACAGAGGUACUGACAACAGAGUUUGAAUCACAGGGUGACAGUAAUGCAUCAUUCUUGAUUACUGGCGAGCGAUCUGCUGAUGUCACUUUAACUGGGAUUAAUACAGAAGUAUUGACAACAGAGUUUGAAUCACAGGGUGACAGUAACGCCUCAUUCUUGAUUACCGGUGAUCAGUCUGGUGGUGUCACUUUAACUGGGGUUAAUACAGAAGUACUGACAACAGAGUUUGGAUCACAGGGUGGAUUUACGAUCAGCAGCGCUCAAUCCGGAGAGAUUUCAGCAGCAGAAGUGACGGCUCAAGUUGACUUCUGAGAAUGACAGAUGAUC